AUGUGCACCAACAUAGUCUACGAGUGGCUGAAGACCCUGCAGCUCCCCCAGUACGCGGAGUCCUUCGUCGAUAAUGGCUACGACGACCUGGAGGUCUGCAAGCAGAUCGGGGACCCGGACCUGGAUGCCAUCGGCGUUGCCGUGCCCCACCACCGGCGCCGGAUCCACGAAGCCGUGCGGCGGCUGAAGGAGGCGGACGAGACGGCGGCGGGGCUCUACUUCACCCUGGAGCCCCAGCCGCCCCCUCCGCCGGCCGGCGGCGGGGGCUUGGCCGCCUACCCCAGGUUGAAGCUGAAGAUCAUGAUCCGGGACAAGCUGGUCCGCGACGGCAUCAACCUGAGUAAACCCCCCUACUCCAACAAGGUAAGAACCGGCCGCUGCUCCCCACGGGGGGGACGGGGCUCCCCGGUGCGGUGGGGCAGCGGCGGCAGCUGGAGGAGGGGGGGCCGCUUCUGCCGGCCGCUGGCGCUGAGCAUCUCCAGGUGUGCCGGUGGCAUUUUCGGAGGGAAGGGUGGUCAGGACCUGGCACCAGACAAGUGCGAAGAGGAGCGGGGCCAAGGCAGGUCAGCUCCGCCAACGCUCGUUGGCCCGGUGCGGACGUACGGGGUGGUGCAGCAUGGCGCUCGGGUUUUGGGUUUGCCUCUCUCUGGUUUUUGCCUUUUAGCCCAGUCUAGUGCGGGGCGUGAAGGCAGAAAUUGUCAGGGCGGUCUUAAUGGCUUGGGGGUUGGUUUGGUUUUCUUUUCGGUGAAACUUUUGCAUUGUGUAGGAGAGUGA